GUGUAAUACAACUUGUCAACAUGAAUGUCGCGGGGUACCUUACGCUGGUCGUCGUCAUCAUCAACAAAACCGCGGGAGUCUCUCUCCUCACAGGCGGCAAUGUACAGAACUCCACUAACCAAAAUCUCGUCGGAGUAGAUAGUCAAACCUUGGACGUGUUCAGACAACUACUGAAUGAAGAAACUAUCAUCAGAAUGAACUUGGUCAAAAAUGUCGACGCGUUGAUGAAAAACACGGCGAUUCUAAAGGAAAACCUUGCUGUGGCCGAACAGAAAAUUUCAACUAUAAAAGCAUCCACUGAUCACGAAAUAUUGGUACUGAAAACGGAGGUCCAAGAAUUAAAACUUGAAAACUACGUGUUGAAAAAUAACGUAGGCACCUCGCUAAUAUCACUGAUUACAUGAACAAAACAGUAGACAGUCUGAAGGUCGAGUUGAAGGACGCGCAGAUUGAACAACUGAAGUUAUCCUCCGCUGUGACCUCUCUCGAGAUGUUCCGAAUGAAUCUGAACAACAGUAAAUUUGAUCUUCAAAAGAAAGUGGCCUUCACCGCGGGGGUGACAUCUAGCAGUACUACCUGGAACAGGGGGACGUUAGUAUUUCCGACUGUCAUUAACAACAUCGGGGGUGGAUACAAUCCCAAUACUGGUGUUUUCAAGGCCCCUACAGAGGGACACUACGUCUUCUUCGUCACUGUCGUGGAAUAUAUUAAACAAUAUAGCAAGGUUGACAUUGUCCUGAAUGGGUCAUCAAAGGUCAGAACAAUAGGAGAUUCAAACGCAGCUUUCCAGACGGGAGUAAACAUGGCUGUCCUGAGGCUUCAGCAGGGAGACACGGUGUGGAUCAGACAUGCCUCUGGUAAAGGUUAUUACAGCAAUAGUAUUCCCAUCACAACGUUCUCUGGCUUCCUCCUCUAACUUACACUUACCAAGGUCAGAUUGAGUUUGUUUUAUUGUAACCCAAUACUUAGAUAGGAUAUACAGUACCCGCAACGUUAUUCUUGACAUGAUAAACGAUAGAACACGAUACACGCACGAUAGGAUAGGAUACACGCACGAUACGAUAGGAUACACGCAUGAUGCGAUAGGAUACACGGUAAACCUGAUAAACGCAAAACCUGAUAAACGAUCUUCACGAUAAACGAAAACCUGAUAGAAAUGUUGUAAAUUUAGAAACAAUUUAGACAGAACGAAAGUUUGAUACGUACAAAAUAAUUACAUUAUGUUGAUAAUAAUAUUAAAGGAUUUCAAUACUCAAUAUAUACCUAGAGCAUAUAAUUUAUUUAUCCACAUUUGUACGUUUAUUUUUUUAAAAAUUCUAUUUAUGUUUUUUUAACGUCAUUACAGCUAAAAUCCGGAAGCUAAACUAUAUACGGUAUUGAAUUCAUUAUUUGAUAUCUAUAUGAAUUUUCUCAACCAAUGAUUCUAAAACGUAUAUUUUCACCUUGAAUGUUUAAUAUAUGAAUCAUACAGGGAGUGAUUGAAUUUUAUCUUGCUUAACGUCUCGCUCGAGAAUAUUUCACUCAUAUGGAGACGUAACCAUGACCGGUGAAGAGCUUUUAAAUUUAGGCUUAUGCUCGGCAAUUACGACCAUUGAGCAGUGAGGUGUUUUUUUUACCGUGCCACACCUACCGUGACACGGAGUGUUUAUUUUCAAGGUCAUCUCCGAGGACCCGUGGCAUUCACACUUGAUGCCGAGCGUUUAGCAAUUAAACAGGGAAUUAACAAAAUGUAAUAUAAUGUAGUGAUAUCUUGCUUCAAUAGCUCUCUUACUCUAAUGUCUAUUAUCUUGGAUAUAAAAAAAACCAAGUAAUAUUUUGUGUGUAGUGAGGAGGGGGGUCAUUUUGCAUCAAGCUCUGAGUUCACCUCUCAUUCAACAACUACAAUUAUUUUCAUAAUGACCGCUUUAAAUACAAUCCACUGCACUAUACCAUAUGCUCAAAUGUUAGAUAUUUCUACACUAUGAGUGCUAAUUGAUAGUCAUAAGUAAUUAGAACAUAUUUAUAUGAAUUGAUAUUUUGUUAACAAAAAAUAAAUAAACUAUUAAAAACAUAUACGAAACCCGGCUUGAUUUAAAGUCGCAAUUUAGAAACGCUUUAAAAUGUUUCUGUUUAGCGUGUAAAAAAUUUAAAUAAUCAUCAAAACCAGCAUAAAUUUCCAGUAUCUACACGUACGACUAUUGGUAUAUGUGUACAUGUACAAAUAAAAAAAAACCAACGAUGACAGCUGAAUCGUGCCCAAUUGAGCAGAAUUUUGGGAGAUGCAAUAUACUCUUGCACUCUUGUAAAACUUAAUCUUCUAAAUGUGUGAAAUACAAUGUCCCUGAGAAUGUUUACUGUCAAAACACGGGUGAUACACAAAAUCAGAUAGAUAAGAACGCGCACAAGUUCAGUAGUUGAUAUAUAUUAAGUUGAAUACAGGUGAACAAAAUCAGAAGAAAAAGAACCAUGAUUAAAAUAUAUGUAAUAAACAAUGUAAUUUACUGAUUUUUCCUUUCAGAUCGGAACUUCCUAUUUCUCUGUUAGUGUUAAUUACAAAUAAUUGUUUCUAGACAAGGAAAUGUUUAUGAACGCCAGAUGAAGGAGCUUUCAGUUUUACUGUCCUCGGUUUACUCGGCAAACCACUGCCUACUUUCCAGACUAUUUAGAAUGAAAUUGUGAUAAAUUUUCACCCUCUCUGGACAGACAUACAGCUCUUUUUCUGCCUUAAAAUCGACAGCUUUAUGUCCUCUUUCAAAUAUACUGUCUUUCCUCGAUUCCUAAAAAUAGCUUUUUUAACAAAACGAAUAAAGCUUUCGGAAAGUAUCUUACUUUUUUAUUAGAUUUAAUAUACGAUCCCGAUAGUUUCCGAAGCUACACGAUAAACAAUUUUCACGAUAAACGGAAAACCUGAUACACGCAAAAUACGAUACAUGAUAGACCUGAUAAACGCAAAACACGAUAGAAAACGGAAAACCUCAUACACGAUAGGAUAGGAUACACGCACGACACGAUAGGAUACACGCACGAUACGAUAGGAUACACGCACGAUACGAUAGGAUACACGCAUCGAUAGAGCACGAUAGGAAUGUCAAGAAUAACGUUGCGGGUACUGUAUGAUCGUGUCUAUAUCCAAUAAACACCCUCGCGAUGAUUCAUGUAUAGAAAUAAUCAUUCUCGUAAUUACAUGUCUUUGUAUAUAGUUUUAUUCUCGUAUUUAUAUGGAAUGGUCAUUCUCGUGUUUAUUUGUAAUAAUCAUUCUCGUGAUUAUAUGUAACAAUCAUGUUUGUGUUUAUAUGUAAUAAUCAUUCUAGUGUUUAUAUGUUAUAAUCAUUCUAGUGUUUAUAUGUAAUAAUCAUCCUGAUGUUGAUAUGUAAUAAAGAUUCAUUUCACA